UCACGUUUCUUCCACUUCAUCUCAUCGACUCUACACAUCCUCUCUGCACACAGUAUGGACGCCUUCACCACCUUCGAAGGCCCCUCGGCCCACGUUGUGAAGUUCGAAGCGGUCUUUGAUACGGAGGUUUCGAAACACAACAUGAGCUACGAGAAGCAAGUUUCGGCCGUAAUGACAAAGCUUCGCGCUUUGCAUGACGAACUUCACCAAGCCAUCAAACAGCAGAGUCAUGCAGACGCGCUCAACGCGGCUGAUAAGAUGUCGUUUGAGAUCGCGGAGCUCUCCCGCCUUGCCACGGAACUCGACACCCACACGCACUCCUUCCUCAGUACCCAGAAGGAGAACCAAAAGUUCCAGCUCCAAGCAGUCAUCCAGGAGACGAUGAGAACCUCAUUUGCUGAGAUCGAGUCCUAUCAGCGGAAGCUGUCUCUGCAGAACGACGUCAUCUUGGGCCAACAGAAGGCCUUCAACGAAUACAGGGCCGAGUCUGGUGCUAAAAUGAUCGAAAUGGCUGGGGCAAGUGAGAAGCUUUCGCGUUCAACGUUGAUCAGAGGGCUCCUGAAGAGCGAGUUGCACGAAUGCCACGCUGACAUCAGAGAGCUCCAGGCAAAUGCCGAGAAGAGCAAUAGGACCUGCGAGAGCCUCUCCGCCACGAUUACGAGCCUUCUUGCAUCGAAGCAGAAUCUCGAGAAGGAGAACGCAUCCAUGCGCACCGAACUAGCCAAACGCGCGAAGGAGAUCGACCGGGUCUCCGAUUUGUAUGACGGUCAGCUCGAGAAGUACAAGUUACAGGCUGGCGAGUUCGCACGGGUCUACCAGGACUGGCUCAACGCGAAGAAGGAUAUCAAGUCCUUCAAGUCUGAGAAUGAGGCCCUCAAGUCUGAGAAUGGAACCCUCAAGUCUGAGAAUGCGGCUCAUGGGGGUGUCGAGGGCGAACUUCGUGCCAGACUCCAACAACUUGAACUCGAGCAGGAAGAAGCGUUCCAGGAGGCUGAGUCGACUCAUAUGGCAGCAGAGUGGACUGAGAAGGAGGCAGAGUGGGCUAAGCAGAAAGCAGGGUGGAUUGAGCUAAUCAACGAGGUCUUCGCCAAAAACAAGGUCUUCCGGAAGGAGACCAAGCACGCAAUCUCGGAGAACGCCGUCCUCAAGGCUCGAAUUGAGCUCAUGCAGGCUGAAGCUGAAGCCAGUCAUGCCAGUACCGAGGAAACAGUCGAGCAGUCUCUGAUGGAUAUGGACGAUGCGACUUGGACCGAUACCUAUCACUCCCUUACCAACGGCUCUGCCUCCGUCAAUGCCUCUUCGACCCCCUAGAAUGACAAUCAAAUCGAUGCCUCGGUGUUGCUGAAGUUGGGGUGGAUGAACGGUUCGGUGUUCUGUUCUCAAUGUACACUUAGACGUAUCCGGGGCUUCAACUCUACACACGAUGGCUAGGAUGGAGACUAGGCUCUUUCAUCAUCAGUGCUUCUUGGCACUUGCUUGGUAUACCUUCUGGUCUACCGGAGGUUUUGGGGAAGCUGCGGAGAGAUUGCAGCCUUUUGGGGAUUGUAUGGGAUUGCGGUCGAUAAUGUGGAAAUGGGGUUCAUACUUUGGUACAGUGCUGAGUCAAUAGUACGAGUAUGCUCUGCUGCUAAACUUCUGCCCACUGUAUGUGCCUGUGUUGAGCUG